GGAAUACGGCGCCGGGCUGCACGCACAUGGCCGUGGGGACCAGCCGCGUCUCCCGACGUUCCCGUCACCCGGUGGGCAGGGCCGGGGCCUCCGGGGCCAGGACGGCCGCUGCCGCUCUCGAGGGUCCUCCGCCCCCACCGCCCUGUCCGAGGCCCCGGGACACAGGUGUGUGCGGUCGCAGCCCCGGGCCGGCACGUCGGAGACCCUGCCAGCAACCCCGUAACACUCUGCCCCGCGGGCGCAGCUACCCCUCCAGACCCGGCCCACGACCAGACCGCGUCGGCCGGAAGAGGAAGCAGCCCGGCGUUCCCACUUCCGGGGCGGAGGGCGUGGUUGGUGCGCGCCACGCCCCCGGCGGCGGGCCCGGCGAUCUGUUCGGCAUCCGUCCAUCGGUCUGUGUCCGUGUUCGUCCGUCCGCCCCGAGCGCGCGGCCGCGGCAAGUGCAGGGCGGGGCUGCUCCCGCGUCCAGUGCGCUCCCCGCUGUCCCGUCCGGGAGACAAGCCGGGGUGGGGCGGGGUCCCGGGUGCGGGCGAGGUCUGGGGUUCCGGGCGGGCGGGGGCCCGGGGCCGCCCUCCUCCCGGGCCUCAAUUUCCCCGCCCGCUCCGCUCGAGGACGGGGAUGGCUGUUUGGGGUGGUAUGGUGCCCAGGGCCGCGAUGCCCUCAUCCGGCCCCUGGCGACGGUUGGCAUCCGUGGCUGCGGUUUCUCUGCGCAACUCCGCACCCUGAGUUUCCCGCCUCCCGGAAUCGGGGGAGGGCGCCCGUGAGCGGGCG